AUGAAGCUCGGGGACUAUAUCUCUGACAUAGCCAGUAACAUGAUGCUGGUGGAGGAGCAUAUCCUGUGGAUGGCGCAGAACGAGGCCCGAGCAUGCACUCGCAUCGUCCAGUGUGUGGAGCGCAUUGCUGACCUGGCGCUGACCGGAGACAACCAGGUCAUUUCUAAGGUGUCUGCUAACAUAGCCCUGGAAGCCUUCCUCAUCCGGCCCUCAAACUUCCUCGGCCUGUCCUGCACAGCACUGCAGUGGCCCCCCUCCUCUGCCACCUCCCCCCUCCCUGACAGGCGCUCUCACAGUGACAAGGACACGAGCAGAGAUCGUGAUGCUGAAGAGGACUCGUUGCUCAACUUUAAAUGUCACACUGUCAACAGCAGCGGCUCACCGGCCAGUCAGCUCAGCAAGAACUCAGUGGCAGUCGCCUCAAUCCAUUUACCGCUGGCUGGUACGCCUAUCUCCUCCUCUGCGCUGCAAUCUGUUGAUAACUCCACUUGCAGGCUGCAGUUUAUUGUGUUUCGCAAUGGGAAACUCUUUCCUUGCACGGGGAAUUCGUCAAAUCUCGCAGACGAUGGGAAGCGUAGGAGCGUUUCAACACCAGUUGCUUUCACCAAAUUAGAUGGGUGCAGCCUCGGGAGCGCCGUGCACUCCGUUACUAUCGCUCUGAGGCACUUCGCUCUGGGUGUAGACCCCACCGCAGCCUACUGGGAUUUUGACCUGCUGGAUGGACACGGUGGCUGGAGGGCAGAGGGCUGUCACAUAACAGGCUCCGGGGGCAACACGACCACCAUUCAUUGCACCCAUCACAAUAACUUUGCUGUGCUAAUGGAUCUGAAGAAGGUGCUGUCUUUCCCCCCGUACCCUGGGGAGUUUUUGCACCCGGUCGUGUAUGCCUGCACGGCGGUCAUGUUGCUCUGCCUCUUCGCCUCCAUCAUCACGUACAUAGUGCACCACAGUGCGAUCCGGAUCAGUCGGAAAGGAUGGCAUAUGCUCCUCAACUUCUGCUUCCACACGGCUCUGACCUUUGCUGUGUUUGCCGGCGGCAUCAAUCGAAUCAAAUACCCCAUCAUCUGUCAGGCAGUCGGGGUCGUGCUGCACUACUCGUCCCUGUCGACCAUGCUGUGGCUCGGGGUGACGGCCAGGAACAUUUAUAAGCAGGUGACCAAGAAGCCACCGCAGAGCCAAGAUGGUGACCCACCUCCGACACCAACGCAGCCCCUGUUGAGAUUUUAUUUAGUCAGUGGUGGAGUGCCCCUCAUCAUCUGCGGGGUCACAGCAGCCGUCAAUAUAGACAACUAUGGCAGCAAGGAGCAAGCACCAUACUGCUGGAUGGCCUGGGAGCCGAGCCUGGGGGCCUUCUUUGGCCCUGUCGCAUUCAUCUUCCUGGUUACCUGCAUCUACUUCUUCUGCACCUUCCUCCAGCUGCGGAAACACCCAGAGAAGAAGUACGAGCUGAAGCAGCUGACCGAGGAGCAGCAGAGGCUGGCUGCCAUCGAUGUGCCGACCCACUGCCACCAGAGCGCGGAGCCGGGGGCUCUGGCGGCCCCGUCUACGGGGAGUCACUGUCCCGCUGGCUGCCCAGGUGUACCCAUCAACCCCGCACUGCUGGCUAAUGAGCACUCCUUCAAGGCUCAGCUACGGACGGCAGCCUUCACCCUCUUCCUGUUCCUGGCCACCUGGGCGUUCGGGGCGCUUGCUGUGUCUCAGGGCCACUUCCUGGAUAUGAUCUUCAGCUGCCUUUAUGGUGCCUUCUCUGUCACCCUUGGCCUCUUUGUUCUCAUUCAUCACUGUGCCAAGCGUGAUGAUGUCUGGCAUUGUUGGUGUUCCUGUUGCCCUGGACGACAGGACAAUGCCUGCUCGGGAGCCCAUGGUCCUGCUCAGGCGCGGCCUAAGGUCAAUGUGAAUGGAGAUACCCCCGGGCACGGCCACAGUCACAGCCACUGCCACCAUGACUCCCCGUGUCCGGGUAAAGCCCUGAUCAGCUGCAGUCAUGGCAGUGUAGGUCACUGCAAACAUGCACUACCAUCUUCUCAAAACCAUGUGACGUGUCUCGCACCUGUGACGCCCUGCUGUGCCGCCCUGCACAGCCAGCAGCUGAUGGAGGAGGAGCCUGCAGCCACACAUGUGCUGCUACAUCCUGACCCAGAGGGUUACCGGCCCGGGAUCCAGCUGCACCCCUGCCUAAAGAGCAGCACCAGGACUAAGAGCCGGAGUUUGGGUCGCCGGGCCGGAGCCGCUGCUUGCGGGGCUGGGAGCGAGAGGGAGUAUGCCUAUCACAUCCCAUCCAGUGGGGAUGGAGGCAGCGUGCACAGCUCACACACUGACAGCCCACACAGCACACAUGAGCGCCAUGCCCAUAUCUGUCCACAUGUGGCCCAUGAAGGCCACCAUGACGGUCAUCACACAUGCCAUGCUGCUACAGCCACCACACAUGAGGCCCUGGCAUGCCAUCACCCCUGCCAUCGGCACAUCUGCUGUUCCAAGGCAGACCUUUUCCCCUCCCUGUGCCCAGCAGAGGCAGGUGACACGGGCGUCUUCCUGUGCGGCUGCGGCAAAGUGGCCGAGCCGGACCCGGUGGCGACACAUUGCCAUUUGGAGAUGCACGCACCGCGCAGACAAUCCUACCCUCAGAACCCCCCCAAUCAGAACGGGAUUCUAAAAGGGGGCAUACACGAAGGACUCCUGUACGCCUCGGACAGCACGGGGAAUAUACGCACUGGACCCUGGAAGAAUGAAACUACUGUGUAGUGUGGAAUGGAAGCCCUCCCCUCUCGUCCUUGUCCCGCCAAAAAUAAACCCUGUCCUCCCUUUCUAGAAGUAAAAAAAAUGAAUUGAACUACAUUUUAACUAUCACAAUCAGCGUGGGAUAUUUUUAUUUCAAUGUCCUCAUGUUUUUAUGUGUGCUGUUUCACUGUACAGAAAUCUGAUAUCAUGUAAAUCCAUACACAGAACAAAAUCUCUUUGACCAAGAAGAAUAUGUGAAACGUUUGUUACAUCAUACCGUCAGACGUUAUUGAAGGUAUUUCCACUGUUCCAUAUAACUACAGAUCUCUCUCUCUCUCUCUCUCUCUAUAUAUAUAUAUAUACAAGAAAAUGAAUGGUUGUAUGUUUGAAUCUGUGUGUUAGUGCUCAAAGGCAACGCGCUGCAAGAUAUUUUUACACUUUAAAUCCUUCCAUCAAAUAGUCUCAGAUGACAGAGACCUCCUCUACUAUCAAGAACUCUUGGCAUCCAUGUUUUUAGAUGACUAAACCAGCAAUUUUAGACUUCAUGGGUAUUUUUGCCAUUCAGUCUCAGUAAAGAAACUGUGAAUAUCUACUAGAGAUUUUCUGAAUUAUAUACAAAGAAACGGUUGCCGGCCAGGGAUGUAUGGAUGCCAGUUAACUUUUGGGAAUUCAUAGAAAACAGAAAAGAAAAGGGAAAUCAACAUCCUCCUCUAAGUGGAUAUUGACCUUGUUGUCUGUAUGAUACUUUCACUGUUGUGUUCUUUGUUUUGUUUUUUUCUGGAGAAAAGUAAAGUAAAAAAAAAAGAAAAAACAGCACCAUCAACAGAAACAAAGUGACCAUUGUAAGUGCAGAAUUGGUGUCAUUGAACCAUUGGACCCAGUGCGGUAUUUAUUGAAGAUUAAUUCCAGUAUUUUUCAACCUUUGGCCCUAUUUUCUUUUAUUUCUGGGUCUACAUGAAAAUGUUUUCAGAAUUGCUCAGUAGAUCAGUUGAGCCGGAAGCUGUGACACACUCUCUAGUGGCUGCAAAUCAUCUUUGGGAGUUAACAUGGCCAAUCAAAGAACUCCUACUAAAAAGUUCUUGUGUUUGUCACCGACAGGCUCAAAUUUCUAUUCUCAUUGUCUGAAUACACAAUAGAAUGGAUCAUUGCAAAAAUGGACCUUAUUGAUGAGGUUAAGGGAGAGAAAAAGCAUUUUCUUGCUCUCUGUUUAAAGCCACCAGACUCCAUUGGAAAAACACAAAUUUUAAGGAGUUUCUUGUCGGUCACACAACUACAUACACACAAAAUAAAUAUCAAACGAGGCUGUGUUGGACUAGAAACUCCUGUUUUCUGUGAGCCACAUAAGUGUUUUUGUCAUUGGAGUCUGGUGGCUUUAAACAGUCAACGUAACAGCUGUUUCUGGUUUCAAAAUGAUGUAUCUUAUUCUUUAACAGAUGUAUCACUGUCCUUUGAGUAAUGUCAAAAACUAAGAUAGAACAUCGGAGCCCAGCAGAAACCAUACAAUGGAAACAUGGACGUCGUCUCAGUCAGAACGUUAACAUGCACAGCUAAGUUGAGCUACAGUUAAAGCUUAAUUAGGCCAGUAUACAAGCACCAGGAGAGAAUCAAUUAAUUGUCACAAAUAUGACCGACUCCACUACUGUAGGUGGUGAUAUGCCCCCUUUUAACAAGGUACUAGUAUUUCUUCUUCCUGUUGACCUUGUUUACAAGUUAGCAAGCGCCAAAUGAUUGUCAAAUGAUGGAAACAUGGACAACCUGACAGCUCUGUACCUUUUGUACCUUUUGUACCUUUUGUACCGAGAAUGUGGCAAUAUCCAAAGGCAGGCAACAACACAAGCCCAGUGAGGGAACUGUGGACUUUUUCUAACUGCACGUAAAAGUACUGAGUAAUGUCAGCCCAACGAUGGCGGUCGCCAUUUUGGAAUUGCUGACUCUUGGUAGCUUUUGAACAGUAGACACAGGCAAAGAGUUGAUGCUGAGGUGGGCCAUAAGCCUCCAGACUAACAGCUACAACCUGUCUGUCUGUCAGUCAACACAACCUCUCCCCUAAUUAUGCAAAUGUAUGCAUAACUCUUAGCCUUGAUUAAAUCAAAACAGAGGGGCGCAAGAGGUCAGUUUGUGUGCCCCAUGUACAGAGGCUGCAGACCUUGAAGCAAUUGUCUAGCGUUCGAAUCUGACCUGUGGCUCCUUCCCGGCAUAUACUGUACUUCCCCACUCUCUCUCGCCCCAAUUUCCGACAGGAUUCAUGAUCUCUCCAAUGAAACUAAAUUAAUUAAUCUUAAAAUAAAAGUCUAAAUGGAUGAGAAAUUUUAAAAACCAACCCCACUGUACAGUGUGUAGUACUAAUGAAUAAAUUAUCUAUAGUGACCAAAACAGAACAAAAACUUAGCUGUAACCCUUUUUUUUGCUCUAAGAAUGAGGGUUUUGAUAUGGGACAUAAUGGGGAGUUCUUGGCUUUUUGUGCCAGCCUCAAGUGGAAACUUGAGGAACUGGAGUUUUUUGACCUUUUGCAUUAGCUUUUCAACAUCAGAGGUUGUGGCUUUAAAAAAAUGACCUUUAGGAGACAAACUUUGAGCUGUUUUAACCCCCAAGAAUGAUGUUGCAGCCUUUAAAGCCUGUUCCAUAGCUGCUGGCUGAUUACUCUGCUCGAGCAAUUCGAACAUACCUUCAAAAACUGUCACAUAGAACCAGGCUUUUACAGAAAGUUCAUUUUAUUCAACCCAGCUGAUUAAAUGAGCUGUCAGACAUGAUGAAGUACUGUGUGAUUCUGUGUUAAGUUGAACACAUCAGGAAAAACCAGAGUGGUUGUCCCAAAAGAAGAAUUAACAAGCUGCUUCCUGAAACCUGCCUGUCACCAAUGUUGUAUGAUUUUAGUAAAAAACUUUUCCCAGAACUCAUCCACUCUUAGCUUAAUGCUACAUGGCAGAAUUAGAGCAAAUUCAAUCCUGUUAUAUUUGAUUUGAUUUUAAUUUGUCUUAAAAAUUCCCUGCAGCAUGCAUGCCUUGAUGUAUGCUGUAAUCAAAGAUUUUAAUGAAUGCCCAUCCAUGAGCAUAUUAUUUGCCUCAACCCCAGGCGACCACUCUGCAGCCUGCCAUGUAUCGCUUUUGUCACACUCUUGGAUUAAGCCUAGUCCCCAACAAAUACUGCAUUAUUUACCACUGCUUAUCUCCAUUUGACAAGACUUUCAUCUAAGGUUUAUCCCGGAAUCCAGUCCAGAUAAUCGUACUGCUAAUAGCUCUGCUUUUGUAGAUAACUUUCUCUGGGAGAGGCCAAGGUUGAAGUGUGGAUUUGUUUUGAUUUUUUUGACCAUGAAGGUCAAAUUCUCUUUGAAGAGUUGCCCCUCAAAAGAGAAAGCUCUGUAUUGAUUUUGAGGCACUUGUGUGUUUUAAGAAUGAUGAUAUUGAGUCUGAUACUCGAGACAAACCAGUCAUGUAUUUCAUCAGAAAAGCCGAACUUCAGGCAGAGCGUAUAAUCUCACUGCAAACCACCUUGGCAUGCACACCUACUCUUUCUCCAUCCUGUGCACUCUUGUCUGUGUAUAUAGGAUCUGUUUCUGAUGAAUUAUUUUAUAUGAGAUUUAAGAUAUUUAAGAAUAAAAAGAAGUCUAUAUGUAAAGAAAGUUGUAUUGGAGAAAAUACUGACCUCUCAAUGUUAAUGCUCAGUAUCUGAGUUUAGAAAUGUCCUUUUUGUUUUCAAAGGCCUGUUUUCUUUUCAGUUUUAGUUGAAGUCUGCAGACUUGCUGUGUGUUGUGAGACUUAUCCUGUCAUAUCAGAAAUAGAAAUGCACUACCUGUUAUAAUGUGUGGCCUGCCAGAGUAGAAUAUGACACUAACAGUACCUUUAUUAAAGAAAUGUUUGUUCAGACAGAAAUAUUUAGAUUGAAAAGUGACUUCUGCACAAGAAGAGAAAUAUUAAAUUGAUACUCCCUUGAUCUGGAUGGCAGGUCUGGCCCUGGUACACUGAUGCAUGAAGCUCAAGGCUUUGCACAGGGCCACUGGAGUUAUUCCCAAGUCUGGAAAAAAUGGCAGAUUAUUUGUUAUAACCUUUUAGUUAUAAAACAGUGGCAGACAAUUGAUUACACAAAGCGGGCUCCUUUGAGCCACUGAAGAUGCUGGCAGUCAAUGGUCCUGGCUUUUGAGUUAUUGGAAAGGGAUUUGUAACAGUAUCACAACAAAAAUAUUUAAAAAACAAGCCUCCCCUGCUAAACCCACAAAAGCUCGAGAGAACAUCUGUGGUGAUUAAUUGCUGUACAACAUGUGUUUUUGGUGGUGGUGUGUUUUAGGAGCAACCUGAGCUUCUCAGUGAUGUUUGGUUCUCACAGGCCACCGUAGGCCCCCCCCCCUCCCCCCUUCUCUGUUGUCAUCGGUAGCAGAUGUACUGCCUCUCUAAACAAGCUUGCUGACAAGAAGGCUGCUGAAAUAUUCACCUGUGGUACUGUGACAAAACCUAAAGCCAGUUUUCACUUUUUUCUACAUUGACACAGAUUCCAAUAAAUGUAUUUUUUCACCAUGCAACGGA